AUGCUACUAGUUUUAGUAAAACUCGUACAAUCAACUGAAUUUCAAAGGGAAAUAAAGUGCUUGAAAAACGGACAAUCCAUUCCAAGAAAUAGUAAAAUAUCAUCUCUGAACAUAUUUCUUGACAAAACUGAGGUACUGAGAGUAAGAGGAAGACUGGAGUAUUCUGAGUUUUCUGAAUUUCAGAAACAUCAGACAUUCUUGCCAAAGGCUCAUCAUUACACUAAUUUAGUUAUUGAAUAUUAUCAUAGAAAAUCCUUACAUUCUGGCGUACAGACUACAUUAUCAUUAAUAAGACAGUCUUAUUGGACAGCGUCUGGUCAAGAUCGAGUUAGAAAGGUAAUAAAUAAGUGCAUGACUUGCUUUAGAACGAAGAAUCAAACGGUAAACCAGAUGAUGGGUAAUCUACCUAGGGACAGAGUCGUGCCUUCUAGACCUUUCGAGAAGGUCGGAUUAGAUUUCGCAGCACCUAUAAUCACGAAACCUUAUUUGAAAAGGUCAAAGGUGACUUUAAAGUCUUAUAUUGCAUUAUUUAUGUGUUUUUGCACUAAAGCAGUGCAUUUAGAAGUUGUUUCUCAGUUAACAACAGAAGCUUUUCUAGCCUGUUUACGACGAUUUAUUGCCAGAAGAUCCAAACCAGCUGUUAUCUGGAGCGAUAACGCCACGAAUUUCAAAAGGUGCGAGAAAUAUUCUUAA